UGGGGAACAAGGGCAGAGCCCAAAAUUCGGCCCCACGGCACCUGCCAGCAGCACCUCCUCAUUUCCUCCAUCCACGUCCCGUGUUGAGCGGAAAUACAACGUGUGUGAGUCACCAGGAAGGCCGGCAGCAUGCGGCUGCUUCCUGCACUGGCACCGAACGGGGUGUCAGCUCUGACCCAUGGCACAGCCCACCCCCAAUCCCAAAAGGAUGCUCCGCCCCGCCCGGCUUUUAAACAGGAAUCUCCUUAGAAAGUGGAAAGCAUCAAACCCUGCUGUGGGGCUCUUGUGUUUUUAGGUAUCCCGAUAAAGCAAAACCCAGCCAGCUUUGCCCUGUGCGUGGUUGGGUGUUCAUCUCCCCACCCUCCCUGCAUCUAUAGGGUGGGCAUGGGGGUGAGAGGGCUGCUGGAAGUGAGAAGGGUAUGGUGCCCUGGUGCUGGGAGUUGUGGGGUCAGCACUGGGUUUAGCUCUGUGCUCACAGUCUGUGCUCAGGGUUAUGGGGUCUGUGCUCAGGGUUAUGGGGUCAGGGCUGGGUUGUAAGGUGUAGCCUUUGGGUUAUGGGGUCCAGGCUGGGUUGUAGGGUGUAGGCUUUGAGUUAUGGGGUCCAGGCUGGGUUGUAGGGUGUAGGCUUUGGGUUAUGGGGUCCAGGCUGGGUUGUAGGGUGUAGGCUUUGGGUUGUGGGCUCCAGCCUGCAUUAUGGGGUUUGUGCUCAGAGAUACGGAUCUAUGCUGGGUCAUGGCGGUCUGUACUUGGGGUUGUGGGCUGUGCACUGGGUCAUGGGGUUGGUGCUUAGGGAUCCGUGCUGUGCUGUGGCAUCAAUGCUUGCGGUUAUGGGUCUGCGGCUGCCAGCACGGCACCCACACGCGUAGGGCACCUGCAGGCACAGCACCCUCGGCUUGUGAUCCAUAGGACCCGCCCCUCGUAGGGCAGCCCUCGGGUAAACCGAGGCCGGGGUGUGUUUAGGGGGGGUGUGUUAUAUGGGGCCGCCUCCUGCCAUUGCCGAGCAUUGCGCCGGGUGUCAGCAGCGAGCAGCGGCGGGCGGCGCUCCCGGUUCGUGCCGGCCCCGCUCCGCGCUCCGAUGGCCGCCGGCCGCCGGGUCCCGUCGCACGGUGACGGCGGGGCGGUGCUGCUGCGGGGCCGCUUCAACACGGGACCGUGUCCCGGUUCGGCCUCUUGGUCCGUGGCUCUGACCGAACGGGAGCUGCAGGUGCUGCGUCCCGGCGGUCCCGACGCCGCGCUCCGUUUGGCCGAUUGCGUGGGUAGCUCCGCGUUCCCGUCCGGCCCCGCCGCCGCCUGUUUCUCCCUCGUGGGUUACCCGUUCCGUAAGGCCCGAUGGGGUUCCCCCGCCCGGCAGCGCCUGCAGAGGACUUUCCGCGUUUCCCAACACCCCGAAGCCGAGGAGAAUCUCCGCAUCGCCCAGGCCUGGAGCCAACGCAUCCGAGAGCUCUCGCUGCCCGCAGCGCCCACGCGGGACGGUGCCAGCUAUGGGGUGCUGCCCCGGCCCUGCCGAGCGCUGGUGCUGCUGAACCCGCAGAGCGGCGCUGGCCGCGCUCUUGAGGACUUCCAGGCCGUGGUGCAGCCCAUGCUGGCAGAUGCCGACAUCACACCCACCAUCUUUGUCACCGAGAGAGCCCACCACGCUCAGGAGAAGGUGCGGGAUGAAGAGCUGUCGCAGUGGGACGUGCUGGUGGUGAUGUCUGGGGAUGGGCUGCUCCACGAGGUGCUGAAUGGGCUGAUGGAGCGGCCGGACUGGGAGGAAGCCCUGCAGACCCCGCUGUGCAUCCUGCCCGGGGGCUCUGGGAACGCACUGGCUGCCUCCAUCAACUACUAUGCGGGCAACGACCACGUGGCCAAGAAGAAACUGCUGACCAACUGCACCUUCAUCCUGUGCAAGGGGCUGCACGCUCCCAUGGACUUGGUCUCAUUGAGCACAGCCUCAGGCAAACGUUUCUUCUCCUUCCUGGGCUUUGGAUGGGGUUUCAUUGCCGACGUGGACAUCGACAGUGAGAAGUACCGUCGGCUGGGUAACGCACGCUUCACUCUGGGUACACUGCAGUGCUUGGUUCGGCUGCGUGUCUACCAGGGCCGCCUCUCCUACCUGCCUGCAGCCAAUGAGCCAGGCACCCCCAUGGACAGCAAGGCAUCCAGCCACCAGGCCAAAGCAGCAGCAGGGACAGAGGCGCUGAGCGGGCACGGGGCGCUGCCUGCAGACACGCUGCUGGUGCCGCUGGGGCAGCCGGUGCCGCCCCAUUGGGUGGUGGUGCCCGAGGAGGAGUUUGUCUGCGUCUACGCCAUCUACCAGUCCCACCUGGGCACCAACCUGCUGAUGGCUCCAACAGCGCGGCUGCACGACGGCUGCAUCCACCUCUUCUACGUGGGGGCCGGCAUCAGCCGCGUGGCGCUGCUGAAGAUCUUCCUGGCCAUGGGCAGGGGGACACACAUGGAUCUGAACUGCCCCCACCUGCACUGCGUCCCGGUACGCGCCUUCCGCCUGGAGCCGCGGGGCAGCGCCGGCAUCAUGACGGUGGACGGGGAGGCGUUGGCGUGUGAGCCCGUGCAGGGCCAGAUCCACAGCAACAUGUGCCACGUGGUCACUGGGUCCACUGGUUCCUAGGGCCGGCUGUGGGCGCGCAGCCCUCCUCCCACUCAGGAACCAACUCUUCCAGCAAUAGCUCUCCGUGCCCAUGGAGCUCUUGGUGCCCAUUGGGCUCUCCAUGCCCGCGGGCACUCGGCCUUUUGCUUAGCUUUACCCUGCUGGGGACAGCGCCGUCCCAUAAUGAGCCGUGAGCCGCAGCAGGUGCUCAGUGCCAGCUCCGUCCUGGUGCCAUCGGUACGACGGCCCCACGUCCUGGGUGGCUGCGCCGGCACAGCCACGUCCCCAGGUUUGGUGGCACCUCUCAUGUCCCCGCCGGGCUGAGCCGGGACCAAACCAACACCUACCAGGAGACAUCAACCACCCCGUCCUGUUUUGGUUUUGUUUUGUUUUCCAAGAGCUCCCAGUAGAAGCAGAGUUUAUUCUUGUGAGAAAUGCAAUAAAUAUGGAGCGUUUGCAUAAAAAGAAAGCCAAAGCCA